UCAUUUUCUAUGUAGAUAGUUUAAGGUAUUCAGUUUGAAUUUGUAGGCAUCCAAGAAGUCUGCUCUUGGUGCUCAUAAGGUACGCAUUGAUUUUGACGAAUUGGAACACAGAGCUGUUGACUAUGAAAAGAAACAUGCAGAGAGUGGCGCUAACAUCACUCCAACUUCACAGCUUGUGGAACAGGAUGAACCUGUUGCGAAGUUAAGUGCUCGGUUAGCAAUGCAAGAUAUUGACAAAAAGUCUCUUCAGGCUAAAGUCGCAGCAGACCCUCAAAAAGCUGCUGCUGUAGAAAGACUUGGUAUGGGAGGUUUUGGUAGACCGCGUGCAGCUCACUCCGUAGCACAGGGUGUUAAGACGAUUAAACAGGUAUGA